AUGGCUGGAAGACUGCAGCAAAACCCAGAAACCACAUUUGAAGUUUAUGUGGAAGUGGCCUAUCCUAGGACAGGUGGCAAUCUUUCAGAUCCUGAGGUGCAGAGGCAAUUCCCGGAGGACUACAGUGACCAGGAAGUUCUACAGACUUUGACCAAGUUUUGUUUCCCCUUCUAUAUGGACAGCCUCACAGUUAGCCAAGUUGGCCAAAACUUCACAUUCGUGCUCACUGACAUUGACAGCAAACAGAGAUUUGGGUUCUGCCGCUUAUCUUCAGGAGCCAAGAGCUGCUUCUGUAUCUUAAGCUAUCUUCCCUGGUUCGAGGUAUUUUACAAACUACUUAACAUCCUGGCAGAUUAUACGACAAAAAGACAGGAAAGUCAGUGGAAUGAACUUCUCGAAACUCUGCACAGACUUCCCAUCCCCGACCCAGGCGUGUCUGUUCAUCUCAGUGUGCAUUCUUACUUUACGGUGCCUGACACCCGAGAGCUUCCCAGCAUACCUGAGAAUAGAAAUCUGACAGAAUAUUUUGUGGCUGUGGAUGUCAACAACAUGCUACAUCUGUAUGCCAGCAUGCUGUAUGAGCGCCGGAUCCUCCUUGCCUGCAGCAAGCUGAGCACGUUGACUGCCUGCAUUCAUGGCUCAGCCGCAAUGCUCUACCCCAUGUACUGGCAGCAUGUGUACAUCCCCGUGCUGCCUCCACACCUGCUGGACUACUGCUGUGCUCCCAUGCCCUACCUCAUAGGAAUCCAUUUAAGUUUAAUGGAGAAAGUCAGAAAUAUGGCACUGGAUGAUGUUGUAAUCCUGAACGUGGACACCAACACCCUGGAGACGCCCUUUGAUGACCUCCAGAGCCUCCCAAAUGAUGUGAUCUCCUCCCUGAAGAACAGGCUGAAGAAGGUCUCCACAGCCACAGGCGACGGUGUGGCCAGAGCCUUCCUCAAGGCCCAGGCCGCUUUCUUUGGUAGCUACCGAAACGCAUUGAAAAUUGAGCCGGAGGAGCCCAUCACUUUCUGCGAGGAGGCUUUCGUGUCACACUAUCGCUCUGGAGCCAUGAGACAGUUCCUGCAGAACGCUACGCAGCUGCAGCUCUUCAAGCAGUUUAUUGAUGGCCGACUAGACCUCCUGAAUUCUGGUGAGGGCUUCAGCGAUGUCUUUGAAGAAGAGAUCAACAUGGGUGAAUAUGCUGGCAGUGAUAAACUGUACCAUCAGUGGCUCUCCACGGUCAGGAAAGGAAGUGGAGCGAUCCUGAAUACUGUGAAAACAAAAGCGAACCCAGCCAUGAAGACCGUCUACAAGUUUGCAAAAGAUCAUGCAAAAAUGGGAAUAAAAGAGGUGAAAAACCGCUUGAAGCAAAAGGACAUCACGGAGAAUGGCUGUGUCCCCACUACAGAAGAGUCACUGCCCAGGACUGCACCUUCCCCACUGGCAGAAGCCAAGGACCCCAAGCUGCGAGAAGACCGGAGGCCAAUCACAGUCCACUUUGGGCAGGUGCGCCCACCCCGUCCCCAUGUCGUCAAGAGACCGAAGAGCAAUAUCACCACGGAAGGCCGGAGGACAUCUGUCUCAAGCCCUGAGCAGCCACAGCCAUAUCGGACACUCAGAGAGUCAGACAGUGCGGAAGGCGAUGAGGCAGAAAGCCCUGAGCGGCCCGGGCGGGAGUCCCGGGGCUCUGUCCCAGCUCCUCCUGACCGGGCUUCCAGCAUUGAUCUCCUAGAAGAUGUCUUCAGCAGCCUGGACAUGGAGGCCCCACUGCAGCCACUGGGCCAAGCCAAGAGCUUAGAGGACCUCCGGACCCCCAAAGACCUCCGGGAGCAGCCAGCGACCUUUGACUACCAGAGGCUGGACCUGGGCAGGAGCGAGAGGACCCUGGGGAUGGCGAUGGCCUUGAAGCUCACCCACCCGUACAACAAACUCUGGAGCCUGGGCCAGGACGACAUGGCCCUCCCCAGCAAGCCUCCGGCCGCCUCCCCGGAGAAGCCCUCAGCCCCGCCGGUCAGCUCCCCAGCCCUGCCCAGGAAGCCCCAGAGCCGGGACAGCAUCCUGAACGCCAGCAACAAGGAGGAGGCUCUCACCCCGACGCCAGGUAGCAUCACCAUUCCCCGGCCACAGGGCAGGAAGACGCCCGAGCUGGGCAUCGUGCCGCCACCUCCCACCGCGCGCCCCGCCAAGCUCCAGGCCGCCAGCGGCGGCGCACACGGCGAUUUCUCAGAUCAGCCGCAGCUGGAUUGGGAGAGACGGGCGGCCCUCAGCCCAGCACGGUUCCUGGGGCUGCUCCCCAGUGUGGCCCCCCAAGGCCCCAGCGAACCGCUGAAGCCCCUCACCCCAGCUCCUGGGGUUACGAGCACUGGCAGCGACGCCCUGCUUGCCCUCCUGGACCCGCUGAACACAGCCUGGUCAGGCAGUGCUGUCACGCCACACCCUGACACCCCAAAAGUGGCCCCCCCAUUCACGCCUCAGUUCAGCUUCCCCCCGACAGGCACCCCCACCCCUUUCCACCAGCCGCCACUCAACCCCUUCGUGGCGUCCGUGCCAGUGGCACCGUCCAACCUGCCCUUAGGUUCCACCCCAGCCCCACCUUUUGGGGCCCCUCCAGCAUUUGCCCCCAGCCUCCUCUCAUCCAGUGCUGGCUUCUGUGCCCCUCACAGACCUCAGCCCAACCUGUCUGCCCUCUCCAUGCCCAACCUAUUCGGCCAGAUGCCUCUGGGUGCCCACACCAGCCCCCUACAGCCGCUCGGCCCCCCAACCAUCGCCCCCUCGAGGAUCCGAACGUUGCCCCUGGCCCGUUCCAGUGCCAGGUCUGCGGAGGCCAAGCAGGGGCUGGCUCUGAGGCAUGGGGAGCCCCCGCUCCUGCCCCCCAGACCCCCACACGGCUUGGAGCCAGCAUUGCAGCCCUCAGCGCCCCCACAGGCCAGAGACCCCUUUGAGGAUUUGUUGCUGAAAACCAGGCAAGACGUGAGCCCGGCCCCCGCCCCAGGCUCUGUGGAGCAGCUGCGGAGGCAGUGGGAGACCUUCGAGUGAGGGCCACGGCUCCCUCGCCACGCUUGCCCAGCUUCCACUGGUGGGAGGGGACCCUCUGCCCCGUUCCACACUGCUCGCCUUUGAGGUCUGGCCCUGGGGAGGGGUGCUCCACAGCCUGGGAGCUGCCCCACCUGCUCCAGCACCCUGCCUGGGUUUUGCACUAGAGGUCAGCUGGGCCAGACACCCAGGUCAUGUCCCAGCGCCUUCCCUCCAGACCCUCCACAGCGAGCCGCGGGGCUCUAGGCCGCUCCUCUGGGGCGCAGUAGUCCACCCCCCACCCACAGGCAUCAGUGUUAGCUCCGUGUGAGUGUACCUGUGUGAGACACAGGCAUCCGGGGUCCAGAGUGAGGGUCCUUCCAGGCGGGGGACCUCCCCGGUGGGCAUCUGAACCCUCUCUAGCAAUACUCUGGUUUUUUCAUGAGUCUCCACCCAACCCCCAAGUGUCAGUCAUUUUUGGGGGGUAAGGGUCCAGGAACCCCUGUGACGGCCAAACCCAGCUGGGGCUGGGAGCACCAGCAACUCUAUAGAAGAGGAGGAACUCCAGAUCCAGAUGUUGGGAGGAGCCCCCCGGCACACACACACCCUGUUACCCAGCGCCUCCACGCUUCCCUGGUCCCUGUCACUGUCAAGGCGGGGCUCCAACUCCUGUACCUGGGGCUUGGUGGGCAGAACUGGCAGGGACAAGUCUGCUUUCAGCUCAGAAGCCAGGCACAGUGCCACAGGCUGGUGGGAUGGCUCAGCUGCCUGGACGCCCUGUCAGGGCCAGGCAGGCCCCCAUGGAGCGGAGGAGACUGGCCCGGUGGCCCGCAGCCAGCCCUCCCCAUCCAUCUCAAGCAAGCUUCUCGCCAGCACGGAUUCCUGAGGCGGACAGCACCAAAGCGAGACUCUAAUGUUUUGUUGUUGUUUCUUUUAUCUUUCUUUUCCUUUUGACCUUAUUGAUUUGAUGAAUCCUGAAAAUUGACUCCUUUCAAUAAACCAAGUUAAAACACAGCCUCACCGUUUAAGAAAACAACCAUCUGAGACAUGCAGGAAAUUGUGAACAUUUUCACCUGAAUUCUCAUUUCCUAUUUGUGAACAGGUCAGACACUGUCUACCCUGGGGUGUCUGGUGGGGACAGGGGGGUCUCUGGAGGCCCCUGUCCCCCAGGGAGCCUUCUCUAUGUCUCAGAGGCUCGGAAGCUGCCAUCACUGCACAUGGAUCUCUGAGGCUUCUGGGGUCAACCAUGACACCAGCACAAUCCUAUCCUGUCUCCAGGCCCUUGGCUGAUGGGGAGCCCAGUCUCUCCUGGGCACUCAGCUGUGCAGCACAGGUUCCAGUUCCACUCCCCUGUCCUGGGCAGACCUCCAGGCCCUGCCAGAACAGGGCAGCCUGGGGGGCAGAGGCAGAGGCAAGGUGCUCCUGCUUGGAUCAGAGAAACAACGCACAUCCCACAGCCCCGCCAGCUGCAAGCUCAUGGCCACUCCCGCUGCGCACCACUGAUCUCGUCGAUCAUUGGGUGGAAUUUGCAAACCCAAGGAAGAACUUCGUAUGUGCGUUCAAUAAAACCUUCCUGGGGAAGA